AGAGCCAUACAUCGGUGCUCUGCCAAGAUGAAAUAUUUUGUUUCGCUUGUAUUACUUGCUGCUGUGGCUUCUGCAGAAUACCAGAUUAACGAGAAGUCCUACUCAGGUGAAGUUGAAGUUGAAGACUACCCAAGACCAACAAAGAAACCAACGUACUCGGUGCCGGAUCUAGGACCACUUCCACCAGCAUCAUACCCAGUUCCAAAUUUCCCUAAUAGUUGGCCGCUUCCGCCAGCUUCACGACUAGUUCCAAUUCCACAAGAAUAUCCAGCUCCGUUCCCCCCAGGACCAUAUCCUGACUCAGAAAAUGGGGGAUCGUAUCCACCACGCAACUAUGAAGUCAAAAAAUUGAAAGAUCUUCGUGGUGAAAAAAUUGUUGAAGCCCGUGUUAGAUACUACACAUAUGAUAACACCCAUUACGCCGUCAUUUCAUGCCCCAGAAAUCCAACUCCAGGAGCAUACACAUGGAUUUUGGUGGACUCGAAGAAAGAAAUUCUACCAUUUAAUGUUCCUGGAACAGUAGCGUUGACAGGAGGUAUCAACGUUGACUACUUAGCCAAAUAUGGAACUAAAGGCAAAUGGGAAGGAAAAGAUUUGACCAAUGAUAAGAAACACAGGUUCCGUCGAGUUGGAUGCCUUCACGGAAAUACUAUGUCGUACAUUCAACAUUAAACUUUAUCAGUUUAAACAAUACAUUAUGAAGAAAAAUAAAUGUUAAUUUGAGC